GAAACCGUACAAAAAGCCAUUAAAUUAAAAAUACACCGCAAAUCGUCGUAAUAUAAAAUAUAAUUAAUAGACCCACCACCUUUAUCAGAUCUAAUUAAUUCUCACUGCCGUUCUACCCACUUAUUUCCGUUUCUGCGUGCGGUCGAGUGUCAGAAAAGUUCGCGAAUUUUCCCGAACGCGUUGCGUGAGUUUCCGGCAGAGGAAAGAUCCAGCGCGAGGCACAAUACGCGAGCGCGCGCGCCAGACUUCAAAGCCGAACAUUCAGUGCAAUAAAACACAAAAGACAGUUAUUACGGCUUGUGAAUACUUAAUCAGUGUCUUGAACCGUUCGUUAUGUCUGUUCUGUGUUAUAAUAAAGGCUGCGGGCAGCGAUUUGAUCCAGAAACCAACCCGGAGGAUGCGUGUACAUACCAUCCUGGAGUUCCUGUGUUCCAUGAUGCUCUGAAGGGUUGGUCGUGUUGUAAGAGACGGACAACAGACUUCUCAGAUUUUCUCAGUAUUGCGGGCUGCACUAAAGGUCCUCAUAACAACGAGAAGCCGCUUGAACCCGUGAAACCGGACGUGAAGGUCUCAGGAGAGAAGAAAGAGCUGGAGGAUCUGAAACCAAAGUUUAAUGAGUAUGUCAUCCAGGCCCCCAAACCACUGGAGUUCAUCCAGAGACCCAGCACUGAUGAGCCGCUGGUGGAGCUGCAGAGGAAAGUCGCCCCGUCUCUGAACCAGGCGCUCGAGAAGCUCAGACUCGCAGAUGCAAGUCAGGUUGAAGAAAAAGAUGAGGAAGGAAGUGAGGUCAAAAUUGGGACUGCAUGUAAAAACGGAGGCUGCUCGAAGACAUACAACGGACCAAAGACUGAUGAAGGAACGUGUUUAUAUCAUCCUGGAGUGCCCAUCUUCCACGAGGGGAUGAAGUACUGGAGCUGCUGUAAGAGGAAGACGUCUGAUUUUAACUCCUUCCUGUCUCAGGAGGGCUGUAAUAAAGGGUCACACCAGUGGAGGAAAGACACGGGUAAGAAAGUGGCUCCAUGUCGAUUUGAUUGGCACCAGACAGGAAGUCAGGUGACCAUGUCUAUCUAUGCAAAGAACUCUAAUCCUGAGCUCUGUUCCGUGGAAGCCAACAGCAUCUCGCUGAAAAUCCAUCUGAUCUUUGAGGGAGAAAAAGAGUUUGAGCUGAAGAUGAGCCUGUGGGGGGUGAUUGACAUCAGUAAGAGUGUCGUUAACAUGAUGGCCUCCAAAGUGGAGGUAGUCAUGAAGAAGGCGGAGCCUAUUACCUGGGCGCGGCUGGACCUGCCCCCUCCAAUGCCUCAACCGACCAAUAAGAAGAAAGAGAAUCAAGAUGAAGAGAAAAUGAUCGCUUAACGACCGUGAUUAACUCCCUCCGACACGCUCAGGCUCUCUCAGACAGCAGUGAUCAACUAAAUCUGCAGGUCUGUGUCACAGGACACUCUGAUUUCUCAUCAACUGUGUAAUCUGGGAAAUCUGAGUGAGAUUAUUUAUUUAUUUUACUGGGGAUCAUAAAAAUCAGAUCAAAUAGAUUGUGGAGGAUGAGCAAAACAGCAGACUGUUCUUGUAUUACAUUUUAAUCAUCUUAGACUAUUUAAUUUGACGUGAAUGAAAAUGAAGCUGUGAGGGAUAGAAGUUCAUUUAAACAAUCUUAUUAUAUUAAUAUUAUAAUAUAAUAUUAAAAUGUUAUCAAAAUAUAGUAAAUAUCAAACAAAUGCAUACAGAUACCUAACUAACUAUCUUUAACUGCUGGAGCUGCUGUAAUUUCGUUUAUUUUUAUAUGAAAUCACAACAGGCAACUAGUAAUUACAAAUUUUACAAGUUGUUUUUAUUAUUCAGGAAAUUGUUAUUAUGGUAAUUCUAACUUGACAUCAAUGCAGCACAAUUUUUUUUUUUCCUUGCAUAUUUUUUGCCCAUUUAAUUUGUGGAAAUGCUAAUUUCAUUGGUGAACAAUUAGUUUAAUGUCUCUCACAGCCUUGUUUUCAUUGGUGUCAGAUUCAAUAUAGCGUCUAAAGUCUUUCUAAAAUGGUUUCACUGAAUUAUAUCAUUUUGAUAGCUUUCCUACUGUAGAGGUUUAAGCCAGGUACAAUUAAUGUGCCUCAAAACAUAAAACAAAAUAAAUAAAAAAUUCUUAACAUCAAAAUUAAUAGACAUGUCUGUAUUUUGGUUAUUUCCUCUGUUAAAUGAAUGCUGUCAGCAUUUAUACAAACAAAUGUACUUGUUGUUGCCUUUUUGUUGUUCUAUCAUUCCACGUUGUUUUCUGAUGAAUCACAGUCUUUAUUUUCGUGCACUUUCACCUUCUAAACAACUGUCUUAGCCAAGCUUAAGUUUGACCAUCUCAACCCAGCUUGGAUUAAGUUUGCUGCUGUCAUGGAUUGGGAACAUUCGUGUAUGUGGACGAGAGAACAAAGCACCUUCAGACUUGAGUUUGGCAUUCUAGAAAUAAAUUGCAGUAAAUCACUGUAAACUAGAAUGAAAUAUAAGUGUGUUUACCUGCAUCUGAUGGAUCUACUGUUUAUGAGACUAUCUCAUGUUACUGUAAACAUUAAAUUAUUGUACUGUACUCUCAAA